UUCCAGUUUCUAAAAACGCUAAAUAAACAUGGAGUGGGUAAGAGGAGGAUGCCUUGGCUAUGGCAGUUCAUCUACAGUCCAUCUUGCAACAUCUAAGAAUUCAUCCUCUACGUAUCCUGAAGUGAUGGCAGUGAAGUCCUGCAACCAAUCGGACACCACCUUGCUCGAGAACGAGAGGGAAGUUUUGAAUGAAAUUGGCUUCUGUCCACAAAUCAUCCAAUGUUUUGGCGACUGUCAAGCUACUGAAGAAAACAAUGAAUUCUUAUAUAAUCUGCUGUUGGAGUAUGCUAAAGGAGGAAGCUUAUCUUACAAGCUCAAGAAGUCUGGUGGUUGCUUGCAAGAAGGUGAUGUCAAAGACUACACAAGAUCGAUACUGAAGGGUCUGAGUUAUGUUCACGGAAAGGGAUUUGUUCACUGUGACUUGAAGCUUGAUAAUAUAUUGUUGUUUGAGAAUGGUGAAGUGAAGAUUGCAGAUUUUGGGCUGGCAAAGAAAACAGGGCAGAAACAGGGGAGAGUGGAAAUUAGAGGAACUCCUCUUUAUAUGGCACCCGAGUCAGUCAACAAUAAUGAAUACGAGUCAGGAGCCGAUAUCUGGGCUCUUGGGUGUGCUAUUGUUGAGAUGGUGACAGGGAAACCGGCGUGGAAUUGUAAGCCAGGAACCAAUAUGUUUGUGUUGCUGAUCAGAAUUGGAGAGGGAGAUGAAUUGCCAAUCAUACCUGAAGAACUGUCUCAACAAGGCAAAGAUUUUUUGUCAAAGAUCUUCGUCAAAGAUCCUACACAAAGAUGGACUGCUGAUAUGCUUUUGAAACAUCCCUUUGUUGCUGACAACUUUCAAGAAAAUGUCCCAUUGAAAGAAGAAAGCAAAGAGCUGUCAACAUCACCGAGAUGUCAUUUUAAUUUCCCAGAGUGGGCUUCCUCUCAAUCAUCAUCUUCGCCAAGAUCAGAGCUAUGGUCUGAUGGGAAAGUGGAAUCGACAUCCUCUUCAUUAAAUUCGUCUUGUUGGACUUCACCAGCGGAUAGAAUCCGGGAACUGGCAGGUGAUCAGAGAUGCAAUUGGUGUGAUUCUGGUUGUUGGGUCAAUGUUAGAUGAGAUAGAGCCGGAACAGAGACAAAGAUUCAAUCAACUGGGGAGAUAUUUUCUUUAUAUUUUCGAUAAGUUAUAUCAAACCAUUCAGAUUCGAUUAUUAUUAUUAUUAUAUGUAUAUAACCUUAAAAGGAUUUUGUAUUAGAAUUCUAGGCAGAGAGAUGUAUUUAGCAGACUGAUUUAUAGCUCCUGGAACAGUCAUGAUUGGUGGCUAAUUGGGUAUGGAUUAGUGUACAAUACAAAGCAAAAUCUUCUAAAGAAAGUUGAUAUUUUGCA